AUGCACGCCGACAGCGACGAUACCGCCACCUGGCUCCGCGACCCUGCCAACCGCCAGCUUCUCUCUAGCCCGCUCUCCGUCGCCGAGCUGCUGAAGCAAGACAACAUUGUGAUGGGUUACUGGGGCCUGGUGCUGCCGUCUUCGCUCGGCGGCGUGUCGGACCUUGCGCACGACGCCGCUUUGGGCAACCUCGUCAAGAAGUUCGUAGCCGCCAACAGCCUCUGCAAGGCCUUCAGCGACAGCGACAAAUGGUGCUUCUCUGGCUGGAACCUCACCGCCGUCUCCAACUUUGAGGUGGCCCGGUACCCGUUCUUCUCCAAGCUGCCCCUCAUCAUCGAAGACUUUGUAAAGGACCACGGCGGCUUCUACAAUUGCAGCGUGAUGGAUGCGGUGCACGUGGUCGUGGACCGAUCGCUGAUCACUGGCCAGAACGACAACUCGACAGCGCUCGCCGUUCAGAACUUCGUGUGGCUCUGCCAGCUCCCUGAGGCUAGCCUCAGAGCGGCCGCAGCACUGGUGGCCAUCUGCUGA